UUUCAUUUCAAGCUGAACUCAAAAACUUUGCAGCAUGAAAGGCCGGAGCGGGAGCCGGCUCCAGGCGUAAGGCGCGUCCCCGGCGCGGCUCCCCGGGCUGCAGGGGGGAGGGCGCCGCGCUCGCCCGGGCCGCGUGGAUGCGCAGGAGGGGCGGCCGGCUGCAAGUGGGGACAUUGUCUCCCCCCACCCGGUCGCGAUCAUGGCCGCGCGGGCAGCAGCGGCGGCGCGGGCGCGUGCGGGCGGCGGCCAGCGGUCCGGGGCCCGGGACCUGAACACGGGUGCGCGCGGCGCGGUGGCGGCCGUGGGCCCCACGCCUGGGGACGGCGACGGCGGCCCGAGUACUGUGCACCCCCACCCCCUGCACCCCCGUCACGACCCGAAUAUGGCCCAUAGCGCGAGCGCCGCGGCCACCGCCAGCUCCAGCCGCGCCAAGAGCGGCUCGGACGCGGCGCUCAGGGAGGCUGGAGGCGCCGGCGCGCCGUCCUCCUCCUCCUCCUCUUCCUCCUCCUCUUCCUCCUCCUCCGCGGGCCCCGGCUCGGCCAUGGAGACCGGGCUGCUCCCCAACCACAAACUGAAAGCCGUUGGCGAGGCCCCCGCCGCAGCGCCCCACCAUCACCACCAUGCCCACCAUCACCACCACCAUGCCCACCACCUCCACCACGCACUCCAGCAACUAAACCAGUUCCAGCAACAUCAGCAGCCGCCGCCGCCGCCGCCGCCGCCGCAACAGCCACAGCAGCAGCAGCAGCAGCAGCAUCGCAUUGCCAACAACAGCCUGGGCGGCGCGGGCGCCGGCGGCGCGCUUCAGCCGGGCCCGGACAUGGAGCAGCCGCAACAUGGAGGCGCCAAGGACAGUGCCGCGGGCGGCCAAGCCGACCCCCCGGGCCAGCCUUUGCUGAGCCAGCCGGGCGCCGAGGACGACACGCCGCCCAAGAUGGGGGAGCCGGCGGCCGGCCGCUACGAGCACCCGGGCCUGGGCGCGCAGCAGCCCGCGCCAGUCGCGGUGCCCGGGGGUGGCGGCGGCCCCGCGGCCGUCGCGGAGUUUAAUCAUUACUACGGCGGCGCUGCCCAUGCGAGCGGCGGCCGCGCUGGGCCUGGCUUUGAUCAACAUGGCGGACAACAAAGCCCCGGGAUGGGGAUGAUGCAUUCCGCCUCCGCCACCGCCGGGGCCCCCGGCAACAUGGACCUCCUGCAGAACUCCCACGAAGGGUACCCCAACAGCCAGUACAACCAUUAUCCGGGCUACAGCCGGCCCGGCGCGGGCGGCGGCGGCGGCGGCGGAGGAGGAGGAGGCAGCGGAGGAGGAGGAGGAGGUGGAGGAGGUGGAGGAGGAGGAGGAGGAGGAGGAGGAGGAGGAGGG